GGUGACCAAGAUGACAGAUCUUUCAAGCAGUACAGGACGUCGAGUCCUAGCUCUGCGGGCUCACUGGGCUAUGGUCGCUACACUCCAACCUCCCAUUCUCCUCAGCAUUACAGCAGACCAGCUGGUACUAAGAGUCUUGGUACCAGUAGCUGCAUCUCCCUGCCCCAACACCCAAGCCCUACAUCUACAUUCAGACAUCAUUACAUCCCUUUCUUCAAAGGCAGUGAAAGUGGUCGGAGCACUCCGAGCCUAUCCAUGUACUCAGACAGCAAAUCUUCACCUUCUGUCUAUCAGCAGGCUCCUAGGCAUUUCCAUAUUCCAGACACUGGCGUAAAAGAUAACAUCUAUAGGAAACCUCCUAUCUACAAACAGCAUGCAGCAAGAAGAUCAGAAGGGGAGGAUGGAAGCUUGGAUCAGGACAAUAAGAAGCUAAAGACCAGUUGGCUUAUUCUGAAAGGGGAUACGGACACCAGAACUAAUUCCCCGGAUUCAGACACACGAUCCCUGUCUCUUACUGCCGGAACUGACAGAGAAAACUUCCCGAGGGGGCAGGAGGGCUCAACUGCUGGCUACUCCCGAUUUCCAUAUUCUAAAUCUGCUUCUUUACCUGGCUAUGGAAAGAAUGGCUUACAUCAGCCUGAAAAUAUGGGCCAAUACGAAACGGACCAGGAGACGAGCUGGGGGAUGAAAGAAUACAAGGUAAGAAGGGCUUUUCCAACACUGGAAGAACAAUCAGAUUCAGCACUUCCUAGCAAGAUUUAUCCUUAUGAAACACUUAUUGUAACAAACCGAGUUCGUGUGAAAUUGCCUAAGGACGUGGACAGAACCAGGCUGGAGAGGCAUUUGUCCCCUGAAGAGUUCCAGGAAGUCUUCAAAAUGAGCAUUGAGGAAUUUGAUCGUCUGGCACUUUGGAAACGGAAUGACCUGAAGAAAAAGGCCCUGCUUUUCUAG